AUGAAUAUAGUUCCUGGAGUCAUAAGCUCCUCAGCUCCAGGAGGGUCAAGUUUGCCUCUCUCGGUGAGCACCAGCAGCAUUUCAACUGGCAGUAGUAGUUGCAGCAGCAGCAGCAACUACCAGGCUGCUGUGGCUGCUGCCGCAGCCGCACUUCAGUCAGUAGCAGGCGCUAAUCAGUCGUCUCUUGCUGUCGCCGCUUCCUCUUCCUGCAGCCACCUGGGCAGUGUUAGUGGGCUACAUAGCCCUAUGGCUUCUGGUUGCCUUGUUUCUUCUUCGGGCCUUGCUGGGCGAGCUGCAGCUGCUGGGCUGGUUGGCCAGAUCGGCUCUCAGACUGCCUCGACGGCCGUAGUCGCUGCUGCCUCGAGUGCACACCAUCAACCGGGAAUCAUGACACAGCUUUCAUCUGGCCCACCUCACCAUCCUAUUCAUGUCCCAGUUCAGCUACCAACAGGCCUUAUGUCGGUUGGCCAGCCGUCACAUCUCCAGGCCAACCCAGGGGCCAUUGUCUCAGUUGGACAACUACCAAUAUCACUUAAUCAUUCACAAACACAGUAUACUCACUCGCAUCAGGCUACCCAGCAUGCCCAUUCAGGAAGCCAUCACCACGUACACUCACACAACACUCAUGUGCUAAAUCACUCAUCGACUCUUCCGCAAGGCAGCGGCGUGCUCAGACAACAAACAAAGGAACCUGCAUAUCAUCCUCAGGUUGAAGCGAUAUCUCCUGCUCCAGAAGAAUCUCGUCAAACAGAUGCUCAGGAUCUGCGGCUGAUGCGAGAGCGUGAAGAAAUUCGCGGCCAACUGAAUUCGAUUGAUGAUGCACUUAAUAAACAACAAGUCCUAUUGCGUAAUUUGAUCGAGCGGCAAAACCUCCUUGAACAGCGUUUGCAAAAUGCUCCAACUACCCCAUGCGGUAUUGGAUCAGGAAGUGGCCGUCAGAGUCUCACUAGUCCUCCGGCAAGCCAGUUGACCGCUGCAAGUGGUCGGCGCGAUUCACUGGAUUCGCUAACAGAACACCGAAGGAGCUACGAGAAUCCCAUACAUGCGAUUAUCGCAGAAAGCAGACAACGAGCUCGUCAGCGUCAGCUGAUAUUUGCUCGCUUCUGCGGUGCCGUCAGGUCUGAGGCUAGUGAAUCGGGGCUAAUGGAUGCUGGCUUAUCUGGCGGCCUACAAAGAGGUUCGCGUUCCACUGCUUCGGCUGCUCGGAGUAUAGGAAGCACUGGCUCAGCUUCUCUGUCCAACGGACCAUUGCAUGCCACUGGCUCUGGAUUCAGCUGGUCACGCAUCAGUUUGUCGAUGGAUGAACCACCAGUUUAUGGGCCUGCCUCUUCUCAACCGCCUGCAAUUGAUCACCGUUUUCAUGGUUAUUAUGUCAACCCUGGACCAUAUGCACUUCCACUAUAUAGACAGCCGAGUGAUCUGCCAAGCCUAUCGCUGGCUCGUCUCGAGGAGGUACGAGAACGAUUUCGUCCCCGUCUGGUCGCUUAUCUUAGACGUAGACGUCAAGCCGAGGAGGCUAGACUAACUUAUUUGGCCGAGCAGCCUAAUGGUUUGCUAAAACUUGAUCUAUUCCAUAUAAUGUAA